AUGCAAGAAGAUCAUGACUAUGAUGAACCACCAUGUCCUAGUUUUGAUUUACAUCUGUAUGCACAUAUAGAUCAUUCGUCACUUAAUCGAUGUGUUUUUACACCAGUUUCUCAUCAAACAGCUGUGCAAGGUGAGCAAUCGCAACAAAUAUCACGAAAACGUAAAUUUGAAUCAGUCGAUUCUGCUAAUGAAUAUGUUAAAAAUACAAAAUUUGGUAAUGAUAAUGGUGAAUUAGCUAAUAUUAUAUAUAAUAUGGAUAUGCGUCUUGAUGAACUAACACGUACAUGUAAUGGAUUACGUUCAAGUAUGCAUACAUUGACAAAAAUGGUAGCACAAUUAGUUAACAAUCAGACACAAAAUGCAGAUACAAAUGACUUUGAUGAUGCAUCACAAAUGGGAUUACCUUAUGUACGUUCGUCAUCUAGUGUAUCAUCAAAACCAACAUCGAAUAGAAAUAAACGAAUACAUAGUAGUACAGAUAUUGUUUCACAAAGGCCGACAGAAUUUUUAUGUCGACUUAUACGUAAAGUUUAUUCAACAAAUGAAAUUGUUGCUGGUAUUAAUUCUGAUGAACGUCUUGAUAGAAUAAAAGAAGCCGUAGCUGAUCGAUAUUUUCCUGAUGAACCCGAACGAUUUGAAACAUUUUGGGCUAGAGAAGCACAUCAAUCUAUUCUUGGUCAAGCACGUGCUCAACGUUGUCGAGAUAAAAAAGCCAGGUUAAUUUUUUGUUUUUUAGAUAUAAUGUCUUCAAAUAAACAAAAUAAUCAAGAAAUUUCAACAUCUACAGAUCAACAAAUUAAUAGAAAUAAUUCUAUUACAACAAAUCAAUUUCGAUCAGAAGAUCAAGUACCAACAUCUGAACAAAUUCAAGAAGUUGAUGUUGCUUUAGCUGAUCAAAGUGAUAGUUGGGAAACCGACGAUGAAGGUGAUUUUUAUACUGAACCAUCCAAUGGUCGGUUGUUUGAUCAAGACGAUGAUGAUGAUUUACUUGGUUCAGGUUUAUCUAGACAUCUAAUUGAAUGUUAUCCAAUGGCAACUGCUGAAGAAAUAUCAGUAGUUGGUGUUGUAUGUGAUAUUUGUCUUAACGAAUAUAAGGCUAAUGAUAAAGUCCGGACUAUUCCUUGUUUACACAGAUUUCAUACACGAUGUAUUGAUAAAUGGCUUAAGAAAAGUACUAAAUGUCCUAUGUGUCGAAGUGAUUUACGAAAAUCAAAAUGGUAUUCACCAUAA